AUGAAUACGAGGGCGAAUCGAAGGAGAGAGGAAGAUGAGUUAGGUGAUGAGGGAGUUCGUCCUCAAGUUGUGCAAAAUGGUCAAGGUGUGCAAUGCAAUCAAGUUCCUAUAGGUGAGCAAGAGAAUGAGGUUCCGGUGGUUCCCCCGGCCAUGACUAAUGAAGAGAUUAGAGCGGCUUUUGUGACCUUAGCCCAAGCCAUGACGGCUCAAGCAAACAGAGAUAUGGGGCCUGGGGUGAAUGCUUAUGAGAGUACGGUAGCCUCAAGGUUGAGAGACUUCGUGAGGAUGAAUCCUCCUAUCUUUUUGGGCUCUAGAAUUGGAGAAGAUCCCCAAGGAUUCUUGGAUAAGAUUUACAAAAUUGUGGAUGCUAUGGGAGUAUCUUCUAGAGAGAAAGCGGAAUUAGCUUCAUACCAAUUGAAGGAGGUGGCCCAAAUUUGGUACACUCAAUGGAAGGCAAAUAGGCCGGAGGAAGCGGGUCCUAUAGAAUGGGAGGAGUUUAAGGAAGCAUUCUUGGGUAAGUACUUUCCCCUAGAGAAGAAGGAGUGCAAAAUUGAGGAGUUCAUUAAUCUUAGGCAAGAUUUUUCAAGUGCUCCCAAGGUUAACCAAGAGAAAGGUGGUGGAUCUCAAUUUGUUAAGCCUACUUGUCCCACUUGUGGAAAGAAGCAUUUUGGGAAAUGUCUAGCCGGUACUAAUGGGUGCUAUGGUUGUGGAAAGAAUGAUCACAAGGUGAGCAAUUGUCCUAAUAUUGUGGCUAAAGGAAGGAAUGCUAGGCAAGCUCCUUAUAGUGGUCCUAGUGUUGAUGGUCAAGCAAGGAAUCGUUUCUAUGCUCUCCAAGCUAACAAGGAAGCAAAUUCGGAUAAAGGUGCCGGUAAGUCAUAA